UUUAUGAGAUUUAUGAGAUUUAUGAGAUUUAUGAGAUGGACCUUUCUUUAUGGGAUGGUCUGUCCUUAUGAGAGACGAUAGAGUGAGAGAACUACAACUAGAACUAACUACAACUGACCAGUCGGAUUACUUUACUCUUUCUAGGUACCCGCGUAAUACAUACAUACAUACAUAUGGACAUACGGACACACAGACCCAAGCAGCGUAGGUAUGGCCGCAGGUCGAGGCGAAGAAGUCAGGUAUUUGACUCCGUCCCGUCAGCAAGUCAGCAGCUGCUGCAGUAAGACCCAAGCCCAAGACACGAUUUUUCUCUCCCGCGUUCCAUCGCUUCGGCCAAUAGUUGGUCCAAUCGCUUUACCCCGAUCUGAUCCUGUGGUUGAGAUCCAGAGAUCUACUAAUCCAGAUCCGUCAUCCGGGGGAAUCUUCAAUAACCCUGAGUGACUGACUGAGUGACUGACUGACUGACUGACUG